AUGAUGCGAGAAAACAAGGCGGUGAGCACCAUGGCACCCGCUGAAAGCCUACUCUGCUGAGCUCGCAGUGCCCGGCGCUGCCGCUGCCGCUUUCCCGCAGCUCCUUUGUCACCACUCCCUCGGCGCUGGCGGGGCCGGGGGGCCGAGCCCGCAGGCUGGGAGCGCUGGGAGGCAGCCGGGCGGGCGGCAGGAGGGCUUAGGACCCAGGGGGCCGGCAGCAGCCGAGUGGAAGGACCCAGGCUCUGGCGCACACGCCUCCUACCAAAAAAAACCCGCCCGAGCCAAGCCCAAGCCCCGCGGAUGCCGCUCGCUCCUUCCCAGUUUUCCAGAGAGAUCCGAGCCGGGCAGCCUGGAGCCCGCUCCGCAGCCUCCCAGCGCCGCAGAGAGGACCGCGGCAGGGCGCAGCCCCUCCCGCCCCGCAGCCCCGCCGGCUGCCGCCCGCUCUCAGCCCCAACUCUCCCAGCCUGUCCUCAGAGCAGAGCUGCUGCAGCCCUCUUAGCAUCUUGGUGGCCUCCUCUGCACUGGCUCCAACACUUCCAUGUCCUCCUUGUGUUGGGGGCUGCAGAACUGCACCCAGGACUGCAGUAAGUGAUGGAGUAACCCCCCCUUUCCUUUGGAUGGAUUGUGCCAGAUGUGAACUGCCUGCUCCUCCUUCUGCAAGAACAAGGCAAGGUCUUGGCUUCCACUCACUAACCAGCAGCAAGAAGCUUCUGACCGGCUCAGGCUGACAGCAGCCCAUCAGUUGAAUGGGAGCAGCACUUCUCCUACUGAAACAGCUGAAGUUAAGGGUUUGGAAAAGAGGCUCUUGCAGAGAUGACCCAUUUACAAGCUGGGCUUAGCCCAGAGACUAUAGAAAAAGCCCGUCUGGAACUGAACGAGAACCCUGACAUUCUGCACCAGGACAUCCAGCAGGUCAGGGACAUGAUCAUCACCAGGCCCGACAUCGGCUUCCUGCGCACGGAUGAUGCCUUCAUCCUGAGGUUCCUCCGGGCCAGGAAGUUCCACCAAACAGAGGCCUUCAGACUGCUGGCUCAGUACUUCCAGUACCGCCAGUUAAACCUGGAGAUGUUCAAGAACUUCAAGGCUGACGACCCGGGCAUCAAGCGGGCUCUGACCGACGGCUUCCCGGGGGUGCUGGAGAACCGCGACCACUGCGGCAGGAAGAUCCUCCUGCUGUUUGCAGCCAACUGGGAUCAGAGUAGGAACUCCUUCAUAGAUAUCCUUCGGGCCAUCCUGCUCUCCUUGGAGGUGCUCAUCGAAGAUCAGGAGCUUCAGAUAAAUGGCUUCAUCCUAAUCAUAGACUGGAGCAACUUCUCCUUCAAGCAAGCCUCCAAGCUUACACCAUCUAUCCUCAAACUGGCCAUUGAAGGCUUACAGGACAGCUUCCCUGCCCGUUUUGGAGGAGUGCAUUUUGUCAACCAGCCCUGGUACAUCCACGCCCUGUACACGCUAAUCAAACCCUUCCUCAAAGACAAGACAAGGAAAAGGAUCUUCCUUCAUGGCAACAACCUGAACAGCCUUCACCAGCUAAUACACCCCGAAUGCCUGCCCUCUGAAUUUGGGGGGACUCUCCCUCCCUACGACAUGGGGACAUGGGCCAGGACGUUGCUGGGUCCCGACUACAGCGACGAGAACGAGUACACCCACACCUCCUACAACGCCAUGCACGUCAAGCACGCCGCCUCCAACCUGGAGAGGGAGGCCUCCCCCAAGCCCAUGAAAAGGUCCCAGUCGGUGGUGGAAGCUGGCACGCUGAAACACGAGGACCAAGGGGAAAACGAGAACACCCAACCACUGCUGGCUCUGGACUGAGCUCCCACCUGCCCAGCACACACAGCAGAUCCAGUAACAGACUUCCACCCUCCCAGAACCCCACUGAGCACACCCCACACACAUUUCACUCGAGAACAAGCCCUUCGUGUCCCCUGCCCAAGCCACAGCUGUCACCAGCCCUCUGCCCCUGCAGCCAGAGAAGGAAAACUGAGACACCUCUACUGAAACAGGACUCUGAGCCAUCCACAAGGAAUUUGUUUCCUCCUUCUCUCUGCUUUUUUUCCCUUUGGAUUUAGGACAUUAAAAUGUUGGAAAUGAUGGGACUGCAUUCUCUGCUUAAAGAAACCAGAGCGUGGCACCAGUGCUGCUGCAGCCUCCAGCUUCAGGAUGGGAGGGAGGAUGCUGAGUUCUAGAGAAGCAAAAGCUACAACCAUAGAACUGACAGGGCUGGAAGAGAUCUUUGAGGACAUCCCUGUUCAACAAGUGUGUGGACAUGGCACUUUGGGACAUGGAUUAAUGGCCAUGGUGGACUUAGGUCAGCAGCUGGACUUGAUCACACAAUCACAGACAUGUAGAGGUUAGAAGGGACCUCCAGAGAUCAUAGAAUGGUUUAGGUUGGAAGGAAGCUCAGCCAGUUCCAAGCCCCUGUCAUAGGCAGGGACAUCUCCCACUAGAACAGGUCAUUCAAGGCCUCAUCCAACCUGGCCUUAAACACCUCCCUGGGCAACCUGUGCCAGUGUCUCACCACUCUCAAUCUGUGCCAGUGUCUCACCACCCUCACUGUAAAGAACCCUUUCCUAACAUCAUCUAGUUUGAAUCUCCCCUCUGCCAGUUUAAACCCAUUCCUCCUUGUCCUGUCACUACAGGAGAUCACAGGAUCACAGAUGUCAGGGGUGGGAAGGAACCCAAAGAGAUCAUUGAGUCCAACCCCCCCUGCCACAGCAGGACCAUAUAAUCUAGCUCAGGGCACACAGGAACACAUCCAGACAGGCCUGGAAAGGCUCCACAGAAGGAGAUUCCACAACCUCUCUGGGCAGCCUGUGCCAGGGCUCUGGGACCCUUCCAGGCAAGAAGUUGCCCCUUGUGUUGAGCUGGAACCUCCUGUGCUGCAGCUUCCAUCCACUGCUGCUUGUCCUAUCCCAGGGAGCAGUGAGCAGAGCCUAUUUUCCCCCUACUGACCCCCAAAUAUUUAUAAACAUUGAUUCAAUCCCCUCUCAGUCUUCUCCAGACCAAGCAGCCCCAGGUCCCUCAGCCUCUCCUCAUCAGGCAGUGCUCUGCUCCCCUAAUCAUCCUUGUACCCUCUCUUGGACCCUCUCCAGCAGAUCCCUGUCCCUCUUCAACUGGGGAGCCCAAAACUGAAGGCAGUGCUCAAGCUGAGGUCUCACCAGGACAGAGUAGAGGGGGAGGAGAACCUCCCUGCAUCUGCUGGACACACUCUGCUUAAUGCACCCCAGGAUCCCAUUGGCCCUCUUGGCCCCCAGGGCACAUUGCUGUGCCAUGGAUGUUAUCUGCCAGCUCUGCCAGCUCCCCCUGCACAGGGCUGCUUUCCAGCAGAUCACUUCCCAACCUCUCCUGGUGCAGUUUAUUAUUCUUCCCGAGGUGCAGGACUCACUACCAGAGCAGGAGCAGAUCCUAGAGGUCUUUGCCAGCUGAAGCAAUCCAAUGACCAAGCCCAACUGCUCACCUGGAGCCUGCAGUCCCAUUAAGCCAUUAAGGUUGGGGAAUGAUCUUGGAGGUCUCUUCCAACCUGGUUGAUUCUAUGAUUCUAAAGAAAAGCAGCUGAAAAAGCAGCUCUGGCUCAGGGAGGGCAGAACCAGCAGCACCCAGAGAGUGCCCAAAGUCUCACAGAAGACUCAGUGCCAGGAGUCUUAAAAAAAAGAGCAUUAAACUGCAUUUAAAAAGUGCAUUAAAAAAAAAAAAGAUGAGAAGAGAGAUGGAGGCAAAUCAAACAAGGACUCAGUGCCAGGAUGAUGCCAUUCACCACCACACCUUGUGACCACCCCAUCCAUGCUGCUCACCCAGGGCCACACUUCAGCCUCCAGCAAAAAACAGCCCUAACUUUUCAAAGCCCUGCUCAAACUAAGUGGAAGGAGCUGUGCAAGGCAGCAGAAGCUCCUGGUUUGAAUUGUAAGUAUUUCCUUUUGAUGAUGCCUUUUUGCCCCCCCCCCCCACAGGCAACCCAGGAGCCUGUUAGGUGCCUGUGUGUGUGAAGUGGGAGGGGUGCAAGGGAGACCCACUGGACACAUGCAGCAGUGAGUAAUGGCUCAGUCCAGAAGGUUUCAUGCAGGUCCCAACAGCAAAGCAAAGCUGUGCACAGCCAUUUCCCCCCUCCUUGCCUCCUGCAGGCAGGGGGAGGUGUAGCCAGCAGGGUAUGUGGAUUGCAGAGGCAGGCCAUGAAGAAGGAAAACUGGAAGCUAACUCCUGAGUCCAAGCUUCUCCCAGAAAGAAAGGAGAAGGGGCAGAAGAAGUGAAAUGCCAAAGAUCAGUUUGCCACCUCUCUGUUUGCUCCAGCUGCAAAGAGAGUCCCAUCCCUUCAUUACAGUGGAAUAAAAGCAAACUGGUUACCAA